UCCAGAUACUGGCCAAAAGAAGAGCCUAGACAAAAAAGAUGGGAGACGAAUGUCUUUUCAGAAACCUAAAGGGACUAUUGAGUAUACUGUUGAAUCAAGGGAUUCCUUGAAUAGUAUAGCCCUGAAAUUUGAUACAACACCAAACGAACUUGUUCAGUUAAAUAAGUUAUUCUCCCGAGCAGUUGUUACUGGACAGGUUUUAUAUGUUCCUGAUCCUGACUAUGUCUCCAGUGUGGAGAGCUCUCCAUCGCUAAGCCCCAUAAGUCCCCUGUCACCAACAUCAUCUGAGGCUGAAUUUGAUAAGGCCACUGAGACACCGGUUUCUUCUCUGCUCCACUUUGCACUGUAAGUUUAGGAUACCAAAUGGCGUACUAGUAAUAAAACAAAAAUUAUUCAUUUUAAUUUGCCAAAGGAGCUUCAGAAAGCAUUCAAGUGAGCUUCAGAAUCACUGCAUUAAGAAUCAGAAUCUAUAAACAACAGUUGGGUGUGAGUGAUUAUGAGGUAAAAAUUAUAUUCUCUAAGAAGUGCCUGUGGUUUCCAGAGGGAAGGGGAUGGAGUAGGAAAGGGUAAAGAAGUCCAAAUGUAUGGUGAUAGAAGAUGAUUUAACUUUGGGUGGUGGGCACACAAUGUAAUAUACAGAUCUUGUAUCAUAGAAAUGUACACAUAAAACCUAUAUGAUCUUAUAAACCAAUGUCACCCCAAUAAAGUUAAUUUAAAAAAUAUAUAAACAACAGUUGAAAACAGCAACCUAGAAAUACUGAUACUUUGGAUAAUGUACAUGUAUAUAAGUUUUAAUGAGGUCUGAUUAAGAUUUCUCUGCACAACUUUGAUUUUUAUUUAAAAGAAAUGUACUCUCUAGUGCUAUACGUUGAACAUUUGCCAAGCUAAUCUCAUGUAUUCUUUUUGAUAGGAUUACAUUGACAAAUUGGGAUUGCUAUAAAUACUGAGUUGUAGAAUUUGAGACUUUGAGGGAAUCUCAGAGAUUAUGUUGUUCAAUGAAGUAUAUAUUCAUUUAAGGAAAGCAUUUGACAAUGUACUUGACUAUAGUUUUGGUGAAUAAUACUGUUAACUAGUAGAUAAUGUCAACUGGAUGUGGGGAUAUCAAAAUUUGUUGAAAGCUUUGUUCCCACUUGUAAGGAGCCGUUCAAUGGCUCUGCAUUGACUUUUUCUCCUUCAUGCAUUUAUCUUUUAUUUAGAAGAUAUUUGAAAGGGAAGGUGUGUGGUAUUGAACUCAACCUCACUAGUUCACAUGUUGGCAACAUGGGUUUGCAUCUCAGCUUCAUUUUACUCAAUGGGCAAGUUACAGAAAUUAGCUAAUCAUAAGUUUCCCUAAAAAUUAAGGGAAUAACAAUAAAGAAACAUUUUUUAAAAAGCCCAAACCCAUAGGGUUUCCAGGUAAUUGAUUGUGGUUAAGAAAGGACAAACGGGGCUUCUAGGCUGCCUACAAUGUGCUGUUGUUUGACCUGGUGCUGAGACUAAUCCAUUUAUCUGUACAUGUGUUUUAUGUACUUUUCUGCAUAUGUGUUAUAUUUGACAAUAAAAAAGCCUUACAAAAUUGAAAAAAAUUAAGGUAAUA